AUGAACACCCUGAUGCAUAUCCCAGCCCGAGCCAGCCUGAGGAAGUGGGGAGGGGUGGAGAAUGCAAAUGGCAUGCAGAAGGGAGUACGCUCUUUCCCGAUUUCUGUCAUUGAAGUCUUCUUCCCCUCUUGCUGUGCCACAGCAGAGAGUGGCCUUUUGAUUGGCCAUUGGAUCCCAGAACAGAACUCUGCUGUCAUCCUUGCUGUGGUCCACUUCCCUUUUAUUCCUGGCCAGGUGAAGCAGUAUCUCUCUGAAGUCCAGCAAGUGACUCAGGUCAAUACGUGUGUGCUGGGCUCAUGGACGAACAGCAAACAGGAGAAGGAAGAGGUCCUGAACAAGUUCCUGGAAGAUCUCAGCUCAAUCUUUUCCCACGAGCCCUGGAUUCAGCUCAGCAAAGAGAGUGACAGCAAGGUUUGGAGCUGCUAUAUCUUUCAGAAACACCCCAGCAGCCCUAUGGAAGAUGAAUUCAUCUUAGUAUAUUAUGACCAACGCAAGGUAAUGCUUUCACAGCUGCAUACCGCAGACAACCAGGCUACCUCCGCUGAUCACAAAAGAAACGAUGCCUCAAAACUAGCUGCUGUGUUUGACACAGUUGCAGAGAGCAAGAUACUGUUCAUGACGGACAGAUAUGAUGAUGGGCCCAUCAAACUGACUCACUGGCAGUCCGAAGGAGUGGAAGCCAUUUUCUCCUGUGUCUGUAAAAGCAGAGUGCUGAAGUUUUGGCCUUUGUCUUUCAUCUGGAGUAAACUCUCUACUUGUGAACAGUUGGGACACCGGCUGGAGCACCUUCAGCUCAUCAGCAGCAACAAGAAGGCUCAGAACCAGACCCAACUAAUGAGGAAAGCCAACACCUUUGUUUCCCUCCUCGUUGACAUGGCUCUGGGAAUACUGCUCAUGUCCUGGCUGUACAGAGAGAAUCGGAUUGGCCAGUUAGCGGACACCCUUAUCCCAGUGGCUGAUCACAUAGCCAAAGAGCUCCAGGACCUGCUUCAGUGGCUAAUGGGUGUGCCAGCUGGUUUAAAAAUGAACCGGGCUUUGGACCAGGUGUUGGGCCGGUUCUUCCUUUACCAUAUUCAUCUGUGGAUUAGCUAUAUCCACCUGAUGUCUCCAUUCAUCGAAAGGAUUCUCUGGUAUGUUGGCCUGUCAGCCUGCCUGGGCCUGACUGUGAUGCUCUCCAUUCUCUCCGACAUCAUUGCCCUCCUAACCUUCCAUAUCUACUGCUUCUACGUCUAUGGAGCCAGGCUCUACUGCCUGAAGAUAUACGGCUUGUCAUCUCUGUGGCGCCUGUUCCGCGGAAAAAAGUGGAACGUUCUGAGACAGCGGGUGGAUUCCUGUUCCUACGACUUGGAUCAGCUAUUUAUUGGCACUUUGUUAUUUACAAUCCUGCUGUUUCUUCUGCCCACGACUGCACUAUAUUACCUGGUGUUCACCCUGCUCCGUCUGCUGGUGGUGGUUGUGCAGGGCCUCAUCCAUCUGCUUGUGGACCUUAUUGACUCCCUGCCUCUUUAUUCAGUCAUCCUUCGGCUCUGCAGAUCCUACAGACUUGCAGCGGGUGUGAAGUUCAGAGUUCUUGAACAGAAUGCUGGAAAACCCCUUCGACUCUUAAUGCAGAUCAACCCUCUGUCCUAUGGCAGUGUGGUGCAGACCUACAGGCUCCCCAGCUGUGCGUGUUACCCCAAAGAUUCCUGGAGCGCUCUGUGCAAGAAGCUGUUUGUUGGAGAGCUCAUCUACCCUUGGAAGCAUAAAGGGGAGAAGCAGGAUUAAAGGGAAGCAAGCGAGCCAGGCCUGAAAGAAUGAACCAGAGAACACCAUUGAACACCACCCACUGGACCCUCAGCUGCUAGGUGGGGCAACGCCAUUACCUCCUCUGUUGAGACUGUGGUAACAUGGGGGGGGGGGGGGGAGUGCAUUUUAAAGAGGAGGGCUUCAUACAGUCUCCUUUAGCUUUCCCCUUCCUACAUGGCCCCACCCAGCUGGCUGGGUUUCCAGGCUGUUGGCUGCUAAUGAAGUGUUAUUUUGCCCUGUUCCUGCCUGGCAGCACUAGAGGCCAGAAGUUUAACCCCUUGGUGCCUCUCCACAGCAACAUGCCAUGUAAACCAGGAAGUAGCUCCCCUUCGGCCUGAUGAGCCGUUACUCUUUCCUGGGCCCUACAACAGCUGCCUGGGUCCAGAGGGUGAUUGGAGCCAACAGGCUGAGGCAGAUUAUUACAUCCAGGUGUUCUGGACCUGUCAUAGUCAUGUGUUCAAGCCAGUUCAUCAGAUGGACAGUCAGCGUGGAAAUGGAACUGGUAUGUCGCGCAUUGAUUUGCCCCAUUGGUUUUUCUUUGGUGGUGGAAUUGGUUUUAUCCCACUGCAGCGCCAAAGGGUGAGCAUAGAAAAAACAUAGCAUGGAGGCCAGAACACAGAUGGCUCUGGGACCAUGCCUAACCCACCAUUUGCAGCAGGAACAGACAGAGGUAGGGUUUCACCACAAAAAAAUCAUAUUUGGUCUGAAUGUUCCUGACUGACUAGUGACACCGGAUGUGUCUGUCUCUCUGUGUCCAAUCUGAAGUCCUUUAAAGGGGCCUCAUUUUUGUACAGUCCAGACCCUUUAACAGAUCACAGAUUUGGUCUCUAAAGCUAACACUAGUAGCUUUGGAAAAUUUCGACCCCAUUUCUUAAGAAUAAUUUUCUUGCCUAAGGUAUUAACUGCCAGAUCACAGUGCAGACGAUGGUCUCUUUCGCUGUCCAGUUUUAAGUACAGAUACAUUAUGAUGUCUGUUCCCCUUUCAGGGUGUUCUUCCUAUUAACUCUAAUGGAAAAUACAUUUAUGUGCUGGCUCGGGAGUAGCUUCUUUGGCAUGUACCUACCUCAUACAUUUCUGUAGAUUAAAAUACCCAUCUGUACAUAGUCUCUGUAAGUACACUGUAUCCAGAUUUAUAACCGUUACUGUAUUAAAACAAAAGGAAGUUUUUCUUC